GGCCGCGCGCGCGCCGCGUCGCUCAGAGGCGUGAGUCGGCGCGACCGGGGCGGCAGAGAGAAAAGGACCCGGAUGCCGGGGCUAUGGAGUUCCCCUUCGACGUGGACGCGCUCUUCGCGGAGCGGAUUACGACGGUGGAUCAACACUUGCGGCCGUCGGGACGGAGGGGGGCCGGCUUCGCCACGACCCACAGGGUGGAUCACCAGCAGCAGCUCAUGAGGAUCAUAGAUGAGAUGGGCAGGGCCUCUGCCAAGGCCCAGAAUCUGCCAACUCCAAUCACCAGCGCCUCACGGAUGCAAACCAACCGCCAUGUUCUCUACAUUCUGAAGGACAGCGAAGCAAAAACGGCCGGGAAAGGAGUCAUAAUUGGCUUCCUCAAGGUGGGAUACAAGAAACUCUUUGUACUGGACCGCCACGGAGCUCACAAUGAAGUGGAACCACUGUGCGUAUUGGACUUUUACAUUCACGAGUCCCUCCAGAGGCAUGGCUAUGGCAAGGAGCUCUUCCAUUACAUGUUGCAGCAAGAGCGAGUGGAGCCUCACAAACUGGCUGUGGAUCGCCCCUCAGAGAAGCUGCUCUGCUUUCUCCGGAAACACUAUAAUCUUUGUGACACUAUUCCCCAGGUGAACAACUUUGUGAUCUUCCAGGGCUUUUUCAGCCACCACCAUGCUCCAGUGAGAAAGUUGCCUCCAAAGCGUCAUGAGGGGGAGAUAAAACCAUAUUCUUCAUCAGACCGAGAGUUCCUGAAGGAAGAAGUUGAACCACCCUGGCCCUUCAACCAGUCUCGCUCACUGACCCGCUCCAGCAGUCUGGGGAACUCCCCAGUGCGAGGCUGCCUCAAGCCUUUCCUCAAUGAGCAGGAGCUGCUGAAGAACUUGCGCCUCUGCCCUCCCCACUCAACUGCCCACCUUCUGAUGAAUGGUGAGCCCGGAGACCCAGCUUCACAGAGGCGGAGAACCAGGACAGGCACUCUAAAGGACAGCCUCAUGGCUCAGAAGUCUUCUUACAGCCGCUUCAAGAACUCUGCCCCAGCCGUGGAGCGUUCCGAUAAAAGAGCAAAUGACUUAGAGGACAACCUCAGUUCACCCAGAAAGCUUCAGGAGUCAGAGAGGCUGGACAGCACCAUCAUCAACCCCCCAGAACCAGCCAACCUUGGGCAGAUGGGAGAGACAGCUCAUCCUUCUGCAGAAGCUACACAUCAGAGGAUGGACUCCAGAACUCUUAUGACUCCAGCUCCUCCAGAAAGGAUUAAGGACCAUUAUGCUUUGACAGUCACAAACAGCCAACCCUCCUGUGAAAACAGCCAUCAUGUGGCCAGACUCUCCCCGCAGCAGAACAGAGGGUGGCACGAUCUGCCCUUGAGUCCCUGGCAGAUGAAGCCACUGUGGACAGUAGCAGGGAGCCCCUAUGAAGCCAAAUGGAUCCACCACAAGUAUCUGUAUUGCAAUACCAGGCCCUGGUGAUAGGAAUGGCCUGCACUUGUGGCUGUAGUCUUCAGCCAACAACAGACAAUCUUGCCAAUAUGAGGAAGAGGACUUAAAUUAGCUUAAGAUUCCUCUCUUUCUGACAUAAUGACUUGGAUCAACCCGUCUUACGUGGAAUGUCUCCUCCCUCUGGCAUUAAAUUGGUAUUUUCCUG